UUGUACUUGAUUGAUGAAUUUAGAGCAAGUCAGUAUUGCCCAGCUUGUGAACGUAAAAGUCUUGAAACGUGUCGGAUGGCCGAUAACCUGCGCCCUCAUAGACGAAGAAAAAAUCCUCGUGGAAUCAGCCAUGGCCUCUUAAGAUGUGCAAAUCAGAAUUGUAGAGCUAUGACUGAUAACACAAAUAUAAUUGUUCCUCGUCUGUGGAAUCUUGAUAAGGAGCCUUGCUUGGACAUAGUUGAUAUUUUUCGGUCACUUCGGACUGGAAAUGGCAUUCGCCCAUAA